GAACAGCCCAUGCACAAUACAACACACGCGUCAUGCGAAUGGGACAAACACAAGGGCCAGGCCCGCUCACAUCAAAUUGAGUAUUAUAUACUUGCUACACAGCGAGACGAGUAGCAGCAGGCCAGCAGGGUUGGGCAUCUGGGAACAACCACGUGUGUAUCACCCGCGCCUUCCUUCGCAUCGUGUCUGUCAAUGUGAGGGCAGCGCGUGCAGACCUCGUUGCACACACUUUCCCGGCCCUUUCAUGCGGACAGGACCAGCCCGUUUCAGCGACGAGACUCAUGUCUGCUCCAGAGCCCGCCCGGUCAGCGUCCGGUACGCAUGCGCCUGCAGUGGACGCAGCAGCAGAGCGGUCCUCGUCGCACGCUGCUCAAGCACAGUCUUCCACGCAGCAGCAGCAGCGGCACGACCGAGCAGCGCCAGCACCUAACACUGGCGCGUUCGACUGGGCCAACAACAAGACACCCAGCGAAAAGAUGCCCAUCGCGCUGCACGACGACCCGCACGAGAUGGGCAUGCUCCACGACGGUCCCGCGUGCUGCAGCGAGACUUUAGGUACCAGCGGCCCGCGACAGGGGACCAUGCUCACGUCCGUGUCGCCUGUACGCCGCGCGUCGCAGCUCUCUGCGCCUGGCACCGCUCCAGCAACAACCCCAGCAGCAGUCUUCCCGUCCGCGAACGACAUGCCCGCCGACCCAGACGCGGCCGAGUCGCUGACGCGCAGUCUCUUCGUCACGCCACCGCCGCCGUCGCCAGCUGCGUCGGCUUACACUGCCUCAUCGGCCUUCAUCACCGGCGCCGCGGUGGGCGCGGGGGGAACGGCAGCUGAUGCUCCUUUUGGCGCCGCCGCCGCUGCUGCUACUGCUGCGCACAACAGCCAAAGCCACAUGCCUAGCCCAGCAUACAGCCCUGGUCCGUCGUCGCCAAACUUGUUCGCGCGCGGCGUCGUGCACUCGUCCAUGCGCUCGCCGCGGGCACGGAGCCCCGCCCGCGCUCCUGCCUCCGCCUCCGCCACCGGCAGUACCGCCAUCAUCUCGCGUGCGCAUACAGCCAGCCCAUCUACUGCACUACCCUUUGCACAUACCGCGGGCGGUGCUCUUGCCGCUGCUGCAGGCAGCUGGAGCACGAGCCCGACGAUGCCGCAUACCGCUGCCGUGCCCGCUCCCGCUGCGAGCGCGAGUGGGAAUACGCUUGCAGCGGCAGCUCCUGCCAUCUUUGAGCGAGACAUUGAGCAUCGCGACGCCUCGCAUCUGCUCUCCAAGAGCGAGGCGAUCGAUGUUGCCAUCCCCAGCGUGCUGAGCGACGCUGUUGAGGCGCUGCAGGAGUUCGGACCUGAGGAGCUGGAGAUCAUCGAGCCGCAGACAGCCUCCCCGCCGCUUGCGCUGUCGGCGAGUGCGCUCUCGUCGCACACGCAGUCCGCUGAGCUCGCCGCGCAAGCGCACGCGCACAAACCCAGCUCUGUUGCCAGCCUCCACUCUGGCCCCCUCUCCAUGCACGGUUCUGCACCCCUCUCACUUUCACUCUCCCGCGCCGGCUCCACACCCGCGUCGGGCUCGGGUUCGGGCUCAGGCGCCAGCUCGCCGCGCCAGUACAGCGCAAUGAUGGCCCCGCUCGACGCGGGCACCAGCGGCUUUGCUGCGUCCAGCCCAUCGCCGCCGCUCUCGUACGCGAGCGGCAUGGACGAUCAGCCGCUGCCCGCUGGCUCGCUCGCCGCGCAGAUCGCCGAGAAAUUCGCGCCGUCGGCGCCGCCCGCGAUUGGGACGAUGUUCGCGGCGGCAGGUGCAGGGGCGAGCGGUGGGAAAGAACGACAGCAACGGCCGUCAUCGAGUUACUCCGGAAGCGUUGCGCAUGGCAUGGGCGGCAGCGGAGCCAGAGCCAUGUCGCCUAUACGUGGACGACUGGCGGACAUCAGUCCGACGCGCGCCACUUUCUCGCUUGGCAGCUGGCCUCCAUCCGGCUCUGCUUCUCCGCGCUCCGCCAGGGCAGCCCUGCACCUUGCGCAGAUGAAGGCGCUGCAGAGCCCUGGUCCGAGUCCGGUGGCUAUCACCGAACCGCUUUCGAGCGCUGGUCUCACCGCCCCGGCCGUGGCAGGCAGCGGCAGCGGCCUGCUGACUCCCUGUAGCGUACACUUGCCAGGCAGCGGUGUGCUGCCAGCGGCGCUUGGGCCUGUGGCCUCAUCUCCAUCUCCAUCUCUAUCCCCAUCAUCGUCCUUCCACCUUCCGACCGCCAUGGCCUUCCCGUCACUCCCGCUGCCAAACCCUUACCGUUCACCCUCGCCGCCGCCGCACGACCCGACCGAGGCAGCCGAUGGCGAGCGCCCGGCGCCGUCCAGCAUCUCCGUCGACGGCGCCGUAAUUAGCGGCACGGAGGUCGCCACAGCCCAGACCUCCCUUGACGGUCUUGCGGACGUCAUCACGUCCAACGCCCCCGUCGCAUUCCCGUCCGGCUCCACUGCCGAGGACGCUGCGCCGUACAGCUCGCGUGGCAGCCCGCUGCGCGAGCGCAAAGCUUUCCUUUUCACACCUGGCUCCGGCUCCGGCUCCUGCUCUGCCUCCGGCUCUGGCGCUACAUCGCCCGUAACGCCCACAUCGGCCCUGCCUCACGCGACGGACGCACAGCUAGCGAUCCGUCGCAGCGCCGCGCUGUCCGCCUCAAGCUUGCCGUUUUCUUCUAGUGGCACAGUGGGUGGCGCCGGCGAAGGCAGGCCUGCAAGGCGCCUCUCCUUCUUUGCGCCCGCAGAUAUGAUCAACGCUGCCAAGGCCGAAGUGCACACGUUCGACGAGGCUGUGCGGCAGUCCGCCGAAGUGGAAAGUCACCAGCACGGACUCGGCUUGGCGCUCGGUGGCGUGGCUGGGGCAGCGUCGCCGGCUGGCGUGCGCUCGACUUUCAUGGCACGCAGCUUCAGCGGCAACUGACACUCUCUGGAAAUGAAGCCAUGGGUUGGGAAUCUCGCAUAUGUUUGCAUUGACCUCUUACGUGAAGGGCACGAUGUGAAAGGACAUUGAGGCUCCGCAACAAGGGUGCAUACCUUUGCAGUAUGUCGCACGCUUUCAGUGCAGUGCAAGCAAGAAAAACCCAGAAAAUUCACGGACUUUUGUAGCUAUUAUACAUUUGCAUUCAUGCAGAAUGCUUGAACGCAAUCAUUUGCCUGCUCCACAAUACAAUGCAUC